GUUCCAGAAUAAGUUCAUAACCUAAAUUCAGUUUGUGUUUAUUAAAUCCCGUUUUUUAUUGAGUUAUUGAGUUCGAAGUUCAGUGAAAUAAUUAGGGUAGACUGAACUCAAUUGUUAUAAAAUGCCGACUGUAAUUUUACUGGACGUUUCCUUGUCAAUGACUAAGCCUAUAGAAACUAUUGAUAAAUUAGAAACUUCACCGAAACAGUUAGCAAUACUUGGAAUAAAUGCUUUCUUAGACCAGAUGUGCUUAAGUACGAAAUUGGAAUUCAUUUCUUUGAUGUGUUUCUCUUCUUUAUAUGAAGAAAAGUGCCCAUUCACCCGAGAUUAUAAUUCUAUCAGGGCAGCUCUACAAAAUAUUGAUGACUAUGAUAAGACUUGUAUUGAAACAGCUUUACAUGGUGUAAAUCGUAUAAUACUGGGGGAGUGGGGAAAUAAUACGGCAUGCGAAAUUGUGUUGGUUACCGACUCUAGUAUAGGUAUCGGACCAACUUCUCUAAAAGGGUCUUUGGCUACUCUACAUCAAAGAACUACGAAAAAUCCAUUUCCAGUUCCUUUCAAUUUCCCUGCUAGACUACAUAUUGUUUGCAUCACACCACCAGAUGAUCCUUGUUUUGUGAGAGCCAAACCACUUUAUCAAAAAUUGAUUGAUUUAGCUGGAUAUGAGAGUUCUUUAUCUGUUCCUGACCAAUUAGGCGAAGGAGGCGUUACGUCGUUGUUCCAAAGACUUGCUGAGAAGAUUUAUACACCAUUCAACGGUACACUAAAAUGUGGAAAUUUGAAAUCUAAGAUUAUGCUUUAUCCUGCUCCUUCUCAUUCCACCCAAGUCGCCAAUAUUCCUUGCGAAAAUUAUAAGAUAUCGGACACCAUAGAAGUUCUUGGUUUUAUUCCUGUUCCUGACAUCGGUUCUCCAAUGGCAGUCAGUCGACAUCUAAUCCUUCAUGCUAUUGAUGCCAAAAAUCCUAUGGCCAUGGAGACAGAAAUAGAUUUGACUAUUGAUGAUGAUAUGGUAGAAGAAGGAAGGACACCUUCUUUUUGUGUCCUCUUGCAUGGAGCCUUGAAGGUUGAAAAUAUGGCUGCGCUAGUUGCUCUACAAUCUAGUUGUCCUCAUUGGUUUGGAUUUAUAUACUCAUGGGCAGAUACCAAGAAGAAGUCUAAUCUUAUGUUAACUCUACUACCUGGACCAUAUUCGGUUCCUUGGUUGGGCGAUCUCAAGAAUUUAGGAUGUGCUGAGCAAUUUGAUCAAUGUGGUUCUUUCCCUAUAAAACCGGCAGAAAAAAGAAGCUAUUCACAAAAUGGCGUAGUGUGGAUAAGACCGUCAGGUUUACAAUCCGAUAUUCAGAAAAUUCUCAGACAUGCUAGGAAAUUACCUGAGAAAACCCAGCAAUUCUACAAGGAAUUGAACAGACUGAGGAAAGCUGCAAUAUCUCUUGGCUUUUUGGAAUUACUUCUCGCCUUAGCCACUAUAUUCGAGCAAGAAUGUUUGUCCCUACCCGGUAAUGUGCAUCCAGAUUGUGCUGUGCAACUACAUCAUGCUGCUAAUGUUUUAAAACAAACUCAAAGUCAAGACAUCAAAUUUGUGAUCACUCCAUAUGUAGCCAACUAUAAUGUAUGAUAAGAUAAGCAAACUGUUUCUAUUUUUAUAUAAUUGUUCUCUUAUACUGUAAAUGUCUCGAUUUGUAAUGAUUUAUUUUAGAUAGUAAUUUUAUAACAUAAUUGUUCUUUUAUAAGAUGAAGGCUGUUGAUUAAAAUUUAUUCUUUACUA